CGCGGCUUGCUCGAUCGUCGCCGGCGGCCGGCGGCGGCGGGGAGCACCCUUCGUCGUGACGCUCGUAGCUGAGCUUAGAGAGAGAACACAGCGGUCUGGGGCCGUCCAGGAGGAGGGAUCAGGCGGCGGCGCUCCCCAUCGUCCCCGGCGGCCGCGGCAUGGACAGCCCCAAGAGGAGCGCGGCCGCGGUGGCCUCGCUGCCCGACGACGCCAUCGUGGAGAUCCUCUCCCGCGUCCCGGCCAGAUCCCUCUGCCGGUUCAAGUGCGUGUCCAAGGCGUGGCGCGACCUCAUCGCCGACCGCCACAACUGCAAGAAGCUCCCCCAAACCCUCGAGGGCUUCUUCUGCGCCUACGAUGGCGAGAUACACGGCGGCAACCGCGGCGAUGGCGGCGGCGAGGGGGUCGCGUCGUCCAGGGGCGCUUCAUCGACACGCUGGGUAGAUCCGUGCCCCUCGCGUCUUUCUCCUUCCUGAGCGAGCAGCCGGGAAUUGAGGAACUCAAUCUCGUGCAUUCCUGCAACGGCCUCAUCCUCUUCAGUCACAUACGGGAUUCGGAAACCUACGAUUCACUGGGCUUUAUCGUGUGCAACCCCGCCACCGAGCAAUGGGUGCCCGUGCCCGACUCCGGCUGGAACCCUAAUCUGUUUCACCAAGCGGAUGAGAACGAGGAUUCGGAUUCGGACUGGUACUGUGAUCCUAGCUUCAGGUUCACCUAUUUGAUUUUCGAUCCUGCUGUGUCCUCGCACUUUAAGUUGGUCGAGUUCUGGACGUACGAUGAGAUUAAGUAUUUAGUGGGAGAGGUGAACACCUACUCGUCUGAGGA